AUGUGCUGGCUGCUGGUGCCCUGAGAGGCCCUGCACCACGUGGCAGUGACCAGGGCCACUCACGGCAAUGAGACAGCUAGCACCUAUCUGGCCUGGCACUGGCUGCGGGUCCCAGGGGAGGUGCAGAGACUCAGCCUCUCCACCAUGCCUGUGCUGCUGGCCAACCCGGUGGCCUCAGCCGCCUGCUGCCGCUACGUGGGCCAUGACCUCAGUCAUGCCUUCACCGGGUCCUUCCUAAAUGCCAGGGCCAACGCGGAUGACCCACACGAGGUGUCAAGGGCCAGAGACCUGAACCAGCUGCUGGGGCCCAAGACCUCGGGCCGGCCUUCUACUUAUCCCAGACCUCCACAACACCACGGCCUCACAUGGAAGGAGGGCAGAGGGAGGCGAGAGCUCCCUCCAGGCUCUCCCCGCUCACCGCACUCCCACCUCAUCUUCCACUCCCGACCCUGGAGCUGCGCCCCGGCCCCAAGGGUGCUGCGGGCCAACCUUUUCACCAGGAUGAGGGUCCUGGUGGCCGCAGCUGUAGACUUCAUCGAGCUGUUCAAGAGACCCCCGGGGGACGGGCUCAUAGACCCAGCCUCCUGCACAGGCAUGGAGAUGGAAGCAUAUGGAACCGUGAGCAGCGUGGCCUUCCCGCGCACCGAGGCCGGGGACCUGGCCGGCACCGUGCAUCCUCAGCUGCGGGACAGAGACUUCGAGCCACUGCGGCCUGGCGCACCCAUCUUCCAUUUCAGCGGCGAGGACGUGCUGUAUGAGGGUGAGUCCCCCAUGGACCCUGUGUUCAUCAACGAGCUUGCCUACUAUGAGGAGGGCAUUGCCUUCCUCCAGACUGAGAGGCUCACGUUCUCUGUGCCUGCCCUGCCCACACUGGCCUCCCCCCGCCAGGGCAUCACUCUCUGGCCCCUCUACACGCCCGCCGCCUGGCUCAUCCAUCUCCCCGCGGGCACAGCUGCCACGCUGACUUCUGCUAUGGAGCAGCGAGAUGAGAAGGUGUGA